AUGAAUCAGCCACAAAUACAAGGCAAACACGAUGAGGCAUUUCACAAGCGGAAAAAGAGGUUGCUGUGGUUGCUGCACGGUACCUCGGCUAUAACGCAGCAAUGCAUUGCAAGUUACGGAGGGGAAGAAGAUGGGGAGGAGGAGAAGGAGGAGGAGGAGAAGAAGAAGAAGAAGGGAAAGAGUAGCAAAUUCUCUUCAGGAUGUCCCUCUCUACUCACCACUCAACACCUCAUUACUCUCCUCUUCAACGACCAUGUCCUCCUGCUCUCACCACAACAUUCACUUCAUGUAAGAGUAGGAAAUACUCUCCAUCCUCUCUUCGUUCACACUUUCAUCGCCACACGCAUCUUCCAACUCCUCCCCCUACAUUCGUCAUUCGUGCUCCUCCACCUGUCACUUGGGUUAGAGUUGUCAAAACACCUUCCAAAUCUCCAAUCAAACCACACACGGAUCCUCCUUCUUCCCACCACGUGUGACCUCACCUCUCCACAAUCCAAUCUGAGUGGUCUUCAUAUCGCCAGCAACAGCCUCAUCCUCUCCUCCUCCUCCUCCUCCUCCUCCUCCUCCUCCUCCUCCUCCUCCUCCUACACUCCUUCAAACAAGUCAACCACCACCAGAUGA